AAUAGUCAAUGUAUUGAAUGUGUGAUACGUUUACAAGUGAUGUCUAACUUGAAGUUGAAUUCAAUGAAAGCAAUAUAUGUUUGAAUCGAUUGUCACUUGAAUUGUGAUCAACAAUGAACUCAUCCGACAAAAUGACACUCAAAGACAACUCAGAGAUCACCAGUUUCUUUGUCACCAAACACUCGUGGAAAGGAAAGUAUAAGAGAGUGCUGACCAUCGGGUCUUCUGGUAUAUCGACGCAUAAUAUAUCAUCGAUGGAGUGCACCAAUUCAUGGCCAUAUCAAGAAGUGGUUAAUGUGACGCCAAUUAUUCCCAAGACUCAGCUGUCACCGUCUGGCGCCGGUCCCACUCUGGUCACGGGUGGUAACGAAUUGUUUCAAUUGACUUUCAAAAAGGGCCGAAAAGUUGAUUCAAUGAAAUUUUCGUCUGAAUACAGAAGUGAUAUCAUAACGGCUGCCCUUCAUUAUCGCCACAAGUUCUCUGAUCCUAAUUAUCCCAUCACUGGUUCAAACAAUGAGCCGAUGAAAUACAGCUGUUAUAAACAUCACUGGUCUGAUCGUAAAAUUCCUGUCUUUUUAGAGAUCGGAGUCUCCGGUAUCAACCAAUUAGAUGCCAUUAAACAAACUAUUAUUACAAGUUAUCAUUACAAAGAUAUCGAUAAUUUAAUUAUUGUAUCCGAUUUGUUGGGAGGUUUUGUUAUAUCUUAUGGUGGAUUCAAUAGAUAUCAUUUAUUCAAUUGUGAUCAAAGAGAUGAUCUCUUAAAGAGAAUAUGUGAGAGUGCCUGGAAUAAUGUGGGAGUUGUCGUUAGGAUUAAAAAAGAGACGAUUACUUCGGAACACUUCCAGAGUAAUCGAUUUGGAAGAUAUAGUGAUGACGAUUCUGUGACUUCUUUGUUUGAGUUUAAUGUCCACAAAAUUAGUGCCCGACAUAAUUCAGAACCAAUUAAAAGGAUAUUGUGUUUGACAGACACUUGUCUUGUCGAAAGAGAUCCAAAUUCCUAUUUAAUUGCAACAUUAAGACCACUAAGUGAUGUCUUUGCAUUAAUUAGACACACAAACAAUCAGCAAAUGUUUUCAAUUGAGUACAUUAGGGGUGAGAUUAGGAGCUAUACGUCCACUGAUAGGGACGCCUUCUUAGCGUCGAUAAUGGAUGGCGUCCGGGCUUCCGGUAAUAUUGAUGUACACGUGAAGAUGAGUCACAGUCAAAGAGCUCAUCGUAUGGCACCAUACUAUGCUCGAGUAGAUGAAGAAGUCGAGAGCCAACAUUUGAAGUUUUUACAGACACCACCAAACAAUUGGACCUUCAAUGACGCCAUUAGAAGAUUUAACGCUAACUGUGCCUACAGUGGACUCGAACAUAGUGUCACUCAAGACGGACUGUUCGCUGAAAAUAAAGAGAAAAUGAUUUUUAGUUCUUUGGCCUCAUUUGCAGACAGAGAUGGCGAUCAUAUUGAGACAUCAGAUGAACAUUUAGAACAACACUUUCAAGCCCUCAGAAGACUUGUGGCUUCUAAGGCAGGCUUUUCUUCAUUUACAGCUAACCCAAGAUUUAGAGAGUCUUUAGGUCUUAAAGUUGUCAGAAGUCUUAAACGAAACAACGAUAAUGUGAUUCACUCGGCUAUCGAUAUGUUGUGCGCUUUGAUGCAGCCAAUGCAUGACGACUAUGACCUCCGACAGGAACAGCUAAAUAAAAGUUCAUUGCUCUCUUCAAAAGCAUUCCUCGAGAGUUUGUUGGAUGUGUUGAAACUUCAUGUUGACAGAGGCACCGGCGCUCUUGUGGUUUCAUCAAUGCUCGACUUUUUGACAUUUUCAUUGUGUGCUCCCUAUAGUGAGACCACAGAUGGUGGACACUUCGAUACAUUGUUGGAAAUGGUGGCUACAUAUGGUCGACCAAUAUUCCGACUCUUUCAACAUCCAUCACUAGCUAUCGUUAAGGGUGCAGGUCUUGUAAUGAAAGCCAUUAUAGAAGAAGGAACACCUGAUAUAUCGUCAAAAAUGCAAGAAUUAGCUCUGGCAGAGGGGGCUUUGCUCAGACAUAUACACAUCGCUUUAUUCUCAUUUUCAUCUGAUGGAAGGUUCCUUCCCGUACAGCACUUGUCCCGACAAUUGGUCAGUUUGUGGACCACUGAUAAUGGAAUUGCCUCUACUUUACUCAAAAGGAUUAUUCCAAUCGGUCUUUUAAAUUACUUGGAUUCCGAUGAAAAGCCGCCUAAAGAGGCGAUUCAUAGUUUGUUAGUUAGAGAUAACUUAAAGUUAGCACAAAAUCAUUCGCUAAAAAAUACGAGUCGUUUGGAUAUUAUUCGUGAUAUCCAUCCAUCGGUUCGCGUCAUUGAAAGACAUUUGGAUAAUGUUUUUCAACAUUGGAGACAAAGAAUUGGAAUUCAGAAAAAAGACGAUCCAAAGCUUAUGCAGAGACCGGUUGUCUUAAGAAAGAGAAGGGAAAGAGUAAAAUCUACUGAUAAUUGGAAUCUAUUAUAUUACCAAUUCUGGAGGGAUCACUCAAAACCUGAUCUUAUCUGGAAUUUUAAGACAAGAGAAGAAUUGCGGGACGCGUUAGUCAAUGAAAUGAGAAUUUUUUUGUCUGACAAAGAGUUGUGUGGAAAUCAAAUAAUUAGUUGGAAUCACACAGAGUUUGAAGUGCAAUACCAAUCACUUAAUGAAGAAAUUAAAAUUGGAUUUUAUUAUUUGAGACUUCUUUUAGAAGAAGACACGGCCGGUGAAUCAAAUCUUACGGAUAGACUUCUUAUAAAAGAUCCCAAAGAAUUUUUUAAUGAUCUCUACCACCGAUUUUUGUUGAAUUCCAAGUCACCAAUGAAGGCAUCUUGUCUUCAGGCGAUGUCUAUUGUUUAUAGUGUUUAUCACGAAGAUAUUGGUGCCUUCAAUGACACUAAGUUUAUAGUAUCGAUGUUAGAGAGGACUUCAGAUAAAACAGAAAGAGAUCGACUUAUUAUUUUUAUAUCAAAACUUAUUGUCAAUAAACACAACGCUAAAGAGUUUAUUGACUCGGGAGGUGUCCGAGUUUUAGUUGAUUUAAUAACAUUAGCACAUCUUCAUGUAAAUAGAGCUACUGUUCCCACACAAACUAAUGUAAUAGAAGCUUCUCCAGAGAUAAUGGCUAUGGGAUCUUCAGAAAAGGAAUGGUAUAUCGGAGACGCAGAGAAGGAAAGGAAGGGUCCCUUCAGUUUUGCUGAGAUCAAAGAGUUUUGGUCAAAGAAUACUUUAAGUCCGAAAACAAAAUGCUGGGCUCAGGGACUUGAAAGUUGGAAACCAUUGAUUCAUGUGCCACAACUUAAAUGGACUUUAAUUGCUUCAAAUAAUCCACUUUUAAAUGAAAGUGAACUUUCAGUUCUAAUUUUGAAUAUAUUGAUAAAAAUAUCUGAAUUAUAUCCAAACCGUGACUCUGAUAACGCUAUUAUUAGACCACUACCUAAAGUUAAGCGCAUUCUAUCCGAUUCAUUAGUUUUACCGCAUAUCGUCCAACUGUUACUGACAUUUGAUCCAACAAUUGUCGAGAGAGUGGCCACUCUGUUAGCUCUUGUAAUGCAAGACAAUCCAGGAUUACCACGACUUUAUCAAACCGGUCUCUUUUAUUUUAUAUUAAUGUAUACCGGAUCUAAUUUAUUACCAAUUGGACGACUUCUUUCUAUUAGUCACGGAAAUCAAGCGUUUAGAUCUGAAGAUAAUUCAAAUUUAUCGAUUCUUCAAAGAAGUGUUUUGGGACAGUUAUUACCAGAAGCUAUGAUAUGUUAUUUGGAAAACUAUGGACCGGAAAAGUUUGCGCAAACAUUUUUGGGUGAAUUUGAUACUCCAGAAGCCAUUUGGAGUACUGAAAUGAGACGACUAAUGAUUGAAAAGAUUGCUUCACAUAUCGCAGACUUUAGUCCACGACUUCGCUCUAAUACCAGAGCAUUAUAUCAAUACUGUCCGAUACCUCCCAUACAAUAUCCUCAGUUAGAAUUUGAAUUGUUUGGUAAUAUUUAUUAUUUAAAGAAUUUAUGUGAUAUUAACCGAUUCCCUGAUUGGGAAAUCAAAGAUCCGGUUCAGUUCUUGCGUGAUCUUCUCGAACUAUGGAAAGUGGAAAUCGAAAAGAAGCCAAACUCCAUGUCCAUCGAAGAUGCCUACAAUGUAUUAGGUUUAGGGAGAGAUUUUAGUGAAGGCCGAGAAUUAGAUGAAAAUAAAGUACGAAAAGCAUACUUCAAAUUCGCUCAACAGUUCCAUCCGGACAAGAAUCCAGAGGGAAGAGAUCGCUUUGAAGAAGUGAACAAAGCGUAUGAAUUUUUGUGUUCAAAGAAUGUCCGAAAUAAGUGCAACGGACCCGACCCGCAAAAUAUAACUCUUAUACUUCGGGCUCAAAGUAUACUCUUUAACCGCUAUUCAGAACCAUUACAUCCAUACAAAUAUUCCGGAUAUCCGAUGCUUAUAAAGACAUUACAAUUAGAGACAGACGACGACCAGCUGUUCUCUAAACCUUAUCCUUUGUUACCGUCUGCUUGUGAAACGGCAUUUUAUACCGUCAAGUGCUCUGCUCUUAACGCUGAAGAAUUGCGUCGCGAAGGAGGACUUGAGAUAUUAUGCAAGGCUUUCAACCGAUGUGUGUCUGUAUUGUCUGCUUCUUCUAAAGUGACCGAUGUUUCUGUUGAAGUCUGUACUCAUAUUGUCCGGUGUUUUACAGUUAGUGCUUCUUUCACCGCUUGUCGACAUAAAAUCUCUGAAAUGACAUCAAUAUCUCGAGAUAUUUGUCGAGUUUUAUAUUUCAAACAUUUGCCUAAAUUAUGUAUAGUAGCCGUUGAAUGUGUGGCUGCUUUUGCAGCCGAUCCUAAUCUACAACUUCAACUUUUCAAAUCCGGUGCACUUUUUAGUUUAUUAUUGUUUUUAUUCAAAUAUGAUUACACUCUCGAGGAAGGAGGCGUUGAAUCAAGCGAAGAAUCUAAUCAACAACAAGUGGCCAAUCAAUUGGCAAAGUCAAGUCUCAUAGCUGUGGCCCGAAUCGCCCAAAACUUAUCUUCUAAAUCGGAUACACUUGACUCUCAAUUUUAUCCAUUGAUACGUCAAUCAACAAUAGCAUUAUUGACACCAUAUUUGGCCAAACAGUUAGAAACGACCAGUACUUCAGAUAUAUUAAAAACAUUAAAUAGUAAUAUAGAGAAUCCAUACCUUAUUUGGGAUAACUCUACUAGAGCUGAGCUCACAGAUUAUUUAGAGACUCAACAGAGAGAAAAUAUGAGAAGUGGUGAGUGUCCGGACACAACAUAUGGCUCGACAUUUGAAUUUUCGAGCCAUAAGGAAGAACUUAUUGUCGGCGACAUAUUUGUUCGCAUAUAUAACGAUCAACCAAUGUUUCCUUUAGAAACCCCCAAGAGAUUUACUAUAGAUUUACUUGACUACUUGGGAUCACAGGCACAGUAUCUGCAAUCGGCACUCAAUUUAGUCUCGACAUCAACCGGUAGUUUAAAUACAAAUCGAUUAAAUAACAUAAAAGUGUGUUUAAACGCUUUAAAUUGUGUUAUAAUUCAUAAUAAUGGAGUCGAGAUGCAAUGUAUCGGUCAUUUCAAACUACUAUUCAGUUUACUUCGUUUGGACCAAAUGUCAGAUUUACAGACAUUGGCGGUCAAUGUGAUCGCUAGUGUUUCGGGCAAUAAAGACUGUGUACAAGAUAUUGCUUCAUCUGAAGUAUUGGUUUACUUAUUAAUGGUUUUACAUCCAACUAAACAAACAGAUGACUAUACAAAACAAUUGGUUGUUUUGACAGCUCUGACACCACUCAUGUUUAACACAAAGUUAAUCAAAGAAGCCUUAACUAAGGGUGCGAUUCUUUAUUUGCUCACUCUUUACGCCAAAUCCAAUAAUUUUGAAGUUCGCGAAAAAGCGGCCGAACUGUUGUCCAAAAUGACGAGCGAUAAGCUGAAUGGUCCGCGAAUUAAGUUAAUUUUGCAUAAGUUUGUGCCGUCACUCUUCAUUGACGCCAUGAAAGAUUCGCCACAAACUGCUGUCCACUUGUUUGACGGAACACAAGAAAAUCCCGAACUUAUUUGGAAUGAAUCGGCGAGACGUUGUGUUUGCGAUACACUAAUAAAAAUGUGUGAAGAGUUAUAUACCGAACAAAUGAAUAACCCGUCGAGUGUUUGGAAAUUAGACAAUGACUUUGAAAUUAAAUUACCCGUUGGUUUUGGCGAGUUUGUCAUCGCCGGUGUUUACCUCCGGCUAUACGUACAGAACCCGAGUUGGGUCGUUAGGAAACCUAAAGAAUUUCUUACAGAAUUACUCGACACCGCAAAGUUGUUGAUGGAGAAAGAAGAGGCCACUCAGGUCGAGAAACUAGAAUUAGUGACUAACGCCUUGACAUGCCUUUUACAAACACAGUCGGCACUCUUGGAUUCAGUUCCAGCCAUGGGUCACAUCCAAGCAUUUGUUAAUAAUUUAUCGAACAGAAGGCAUGAAUCAAUUCCCAAGAGUUGUCUACAAAUAUUGCGUCAAAUGAGCGAAAACAAGACGUGUAUUGAGUCAAUGAUUAGUUGUAAAUAUUUAUUGACACAAAUAUAUUUUGUUAUUAAAACGUACGAAACAUUAACGUGUAUAUCAUGUGAGACGUUAAGUAAACUCUUUGAAAUCGAUUCAAUCGAUGAGUUGGUUAGUCAGGCCAUCAAAAUUGAAUUAAUUCAUUAUUUACUUAAACUCUUGGAUACGAAACAAUCGCAACACAAUAGCUCAACCAAAGCACAAAUCGUCCAAAUUUUGAAAUCUAUGCUUAAAAGUAAUGCUUUCGGACAACAAGUCAAUGAUUUAUUAGACAAAUCAGUCGUUUGGUCCGAAUAUAGGGAUCAAAAGCACGACUUAUUUAUUACAAACACACAAAUCUCUGGUUAUUUAACCGGAUCGACUGUACAAACAGCCGGUUAUCUAACUCAGGGCACUUCAGUUAACUCAAUGCCAUCAUCUCCUCCACCCCUUUGA